CCUCCUGAUCAAUUGUCUUCCCUCAACAAGAGUUAUCUCCAAGACUAUUUCACACAGAGCGUAGCUACUUCAUCCCCCCCUUCUUUUUCCCCUCCCUCUCCAUCAUCGAUAUCUUCUGCCAUUUUGCCAUCAGAACAUAGCCUUUUCUUUUCAGCUGGCCUUCACUGUCACAAUUUUCAGCCACCUCAGCAAAAGCAAUCUGUACUCAGACCAGAUAGUGGUAUUCCCAGUGUGUUUUCAUCCACUUCCCUCUUUUCCAAUCCAGAAGUAAAGUGUGAUCAGCUUACUAGAGGGACAAAAGAAGUCUCUUCAACUCAUCUGCCUCCAAUUACACGGACAGCUUAUCUAGCUGUUUUUGAGGAGCAAGUUCUAAAUCGAGCCUACCCUGCACUUUGGUUUGAUGUCAUCUACGACCUCGAGAUCACGCGACAGGCCUUAAAAGAAGAACAACGUAAUUUUCAUUUCUUCAAUUUUUAG